GUGAGCUCUGCAGCCCAGCAUGGCCUAUCCCUUGCCCUAGCUGCACCAUUUAUUGAUAUUGUCCUCAUUGCAACCAUUCAGUGUGCAUCUGACAGCUGGGAUUCUGCUGCAUUUUGUUCCCAGCCUCCUUGGGAUUGAGGAAUGAAAGUCUGCCACCAUGAUGGAAGGAUUGAAAAAGCGUACAAGAAAGGCAUUCGGUAUACGGAAGAAAGAAAAGGACACUGAUUCUACGGGAUCGCCUGACAGAGACACCAGUAAGAAAGCAAAUGGCGCUGCAAAUGGAUUCUACGCAGAGAUUGACUGGGAGCGAUAUAACUCUCCUGAAGUUGAUGACGAAGGCUACAGUAUCAGGCCGGACAUGGAACCUGGCUCUACCAAAGGAAAGCACUUCUAUUCAUCAAGUGAAUCAGAGGAAGAACAGGAGUCUCGCAAGAAAUUUAAUAUUAAGAUUAAGCCUUUGCAAGCCAAAGAUAGCUUAAAAAGUGCUGCAACUGUGGAUGAACUGAAAGCUUCUAUAGGAAAUAUUGCUCUGUCUCCGUCCCCUGUGAGGAAAAGUCCGAGGCGUAGCCCGGGCACACUUAAAAGGAACUUAUCAAGUGAAGAAAUUGCAAGACCAAGACGCCCUACACCAACUGCUGAACUUGUAAGCAAAAAGGCUCCUGCAGAAUUAUUUGGACCGCCUUUGGAAUCGACCUUUGAGGAGAUAAAGUCUGAAGAAGUUCCAUUAGAUCAGCCAGAAAUAUGGGGAUCGUCACAUACAGUCAGUGCAAAAGUAGAAUCUCCACAGUUGUCAAGACCAUUUCCAACUGGAACACCUCCACCCAUUCCCCCGAAAAGUAUUCCAGCCACUCCGCCUAGAACUGCCUCACCCUUACCAGCUGGUGUGGGAAGCGACCGAAGAGAAACGGAAAUCAGUGAGUUACCAACGAUCAGUGAUUUGGAUACCAUUUUUGGACCAGUGUUUUCACCUAAAUCUGUAACUGUUGAUUCUGAAGACAAGUGGGUGAGGUUUUCUGACCUUUCCCCAGAGCAGAUUUCUCCCGCACUAUCUCCCAAAGAAGAGUCUGAAUCUCCAACCAUUGAUCCAGAAAUUCCUUCUGAACCACCCCCUAUUGAAACAACACGCAACAUCCCUUCUCCUCUCAACUUGGAAGAAGUUCAGAAGCAAAUCUCAGAACAAGCAUUUAUCAGAGAUGAAGUAUUAGAGACAACAGCCUCUCCAAAAGAUUUUGGGCUGGGGCAGAGAGCUACACCACCCCCUCCUCCACCUCCCACCUACAGAUCAGUGGUGUCGUCUCCUGGGCCAUGCUCAAGUAGUGGGACGGGCAGUGCAAGUGGAACAUCAUCUCCUGCUCGUCCAGCAACCCCUCUUGCUACCUGCAGUACGACUCCUCCCCCUCCACCGCCGCGUCCACCAUCAAGACCGAAACUGCCUCCUGGGAAGCCUAGCGUUACAGAUGUGUCGAGACCUUUCAGUCCUCCAAUCCAUUCGUCCAGUCCGCCUCCCAUCGCGCCUCUAGCUCGUGCUGAAAGCACAUCUUCAAUUUCUUCAGCCACCUCCCUGAGCGCAGCUACAACGCCGACAGUUGAGAAUGAACAGCCUUCCCUCAUUUGGUUUGACAGAGGAAAGUUUUAUUUGACUUUUGAAGGAUCUUCCCGAGGACCAAGUCCUUUAACGAUGGGGGCUCAAGACACCUUGCCUGUAGCUGCUGCAUUUACAGAAACGGUCAACACCUAUUUUAAAGGGGCUGAUCCAAAUAAAUGCAUAGUGAAAAUCACUGGAGAAAUGGUUUUGUCUUUCCCGGCUGGCAUCACUAGACACUUUUCCAACAAUCCAUCACCUGCUGCUCUAACUUUUCGAAUAACAAACUACAGUCGGCUAGAACACGUUCUACCAAACCCACAACUACUGUGCUGUGACAGCACGCAGCCUGCAACCAAUACAAAGGAAUUCUGGGUCAAUAUGCCAAAUCUGAUGACUCACCUGAAAAAAGUAUCGGAACAGAAGCCGCAAGCAACAUAUUACAAUGUAGACAUGCUGAAAUAUCAGGUAUCUGCCCAGGGUCUUCCAUCUGCUCCGCUGAACCUUGCAGUGAACUGGAGGUGUGAGCCUACAAGCACAGAUCUUAGAAUAGACUACAAGUAUAACCCCGAGGCAAUGACCACACAUGUAGCACUGAAUAAUGUUCAGUUUGUUAUACCCAUAGACGGAGUGGUAACAAAACUUCAGGCCGUCCUUCCUCCUGCUGUCUGGAAUGCAGAGCAGCAGAGAAUAUUGUGGAAAAUACCUGAUAUUUCUCAGAAGUCAGAAAACGGAGGUGUGGGCUCUUUACUUGCAAGGUUCCAACUCUCAGAGGGCCCAAAUAACCCAGCACCCCUUGCUGUACAGUUCACCAGCGAAGGAACAACCCUGUCUGGGUGCGACAUUGAACUUGUAGGAGGAGGCUACAGAUUGUCGCUCGUUAAAAAGCGGUUUGCAGCAGGAAAAUAUUUGGCAGAU